UGUAGUGGAGGAAUCGUAACCACAGUUGGAGCAGCCCUCGCGGUUGGGUUAGCGCUGCGGUCGGACAGACCGCGGGUGUUUCCGAUCGGAGGGAAGCAAAGCUGCAGUCCGCCGAAGCAGCUGCGCUGAGGAUAGUGCCCUGUCACGGUUCCACUUGUGACCUCUCGCGACUGAGCUCGGCCGCUCGCUCGCUCUCUCUCUCUCUCUCGCUUGCUGGCUGCUCUGCUGUUGCAAAUUUCCCGAACCCGAUUCGGCUCUUGAUUGUGCGAGAGACAUGGCGAUGGUGCCCGGAGGCUCUGACGGUGAUGGCGACAGUGUGGACUUUCCGGGGCCCAUGGGCGAAGCCAGACAGGGUCCUUUGGUUUGCGCUUUUAAAGGCAUGGGCGAUGCUCUUGCCGGUGCUGUGAUGGGGUCGGUUUUCGGAUUCGGAUCUGGACUAUUCAAAAAGCAGGGCUUCAAGGUAGCACUACAAGAAGGUGGAUCUUCAGCAAAGACAUUUGCCCUCCUAUCAGGAGUACAUAGUGUCGUUUCUUGCUACCUGAGAAGGAUACGGGGUGUGGAAGACGCUUUAAAUGCGGGUAUUGCUGGCUGCGCCACUGGCCUUGCUUUGAGCACUCCAGGGAGUCCUCAAGCUUUACUUCAAAGUUGUGUUAGUUUUGGUGUGUUUUCUUACAUCCUGGAGUCGCUUAACAAACCCAGAGCUGCUAUGGCAGCGACGAAAUCUUACACAUCAAGGCCGUCACAACAGAAAGACUUCCCGCAAUUGAUGCAAGCUUUGGUUCCUGUGCUUCCACCUUUCACUCUACCCCCCUUUGCAGGACUUUUUGCACAAUUUCGUCCGUCAAAGCCAAGCGAUGAUCAAUCCAGACGUACUUGAUGCUAAUGCAGCCCUUAAGAUCUUAGUCGAUAGUUCCUAGUUGGACAAGUUACGAAGACACCCUGUAGAAGAUUUUGGAUCUCAAAUGUACAUUGUCGAUCAAGAUGGACUUCUUGACAUUGUUUCAAAAGAAGUUCUGAACAGAGAAAAAAAAAGAAUAAAACUUGAAAGUCCGUCCAGAAGAGGCUGUACUGAGAACCCUCGAGUCUCAAUUGUUAUUUUGGCAUGG